AUGGAUUGUCCUCUAACUACACUUCCUAAUAUAGGCUCCAAGAGAAUAGGGUAUGCACAGGGUAUGACCGCAUCUGCAUCUCAAACCGAAUUGGGAUUGUUGAUGAUUCUCCAUUUUGUGUUUACGGAAAGAGAAUAUAACGGAAGCACGAUUAGCAUUCUUGGACGUAACCUUGUGUUUGAGAAUGUUAGGGAGAUGCCUGUUGUUGGAGGCAGUGGCGCGUUUCGAUUCGCUAGAGGAUAUGCCGAGGGAAAGACUUAUUCAUUAGAUGUUAAGUCUGGAAAUGCAACUCUUGAAUAUAAUGUAUUUAUCUUGCAUCCUUGA